AUGAGGACUCAAAGUCGGAAAGGUCGGACAAGAAUAGUGUCGACUCAACUGACUACGACAAGCUUCACUUCGGAACUUCGACAUCAGAUGUCGCCGUCACCCCAGAAGCGACCCCAAUUGAGUCACACAAGGAGUUAUGCU